GGGGAGGGGAGGGGAGGGAAGGUGGGGGGAGUAGAAUAGAAUAAAAACCUCAGCAGCCAGUCAGAGGUGUGGGAAGACGCGGAACAGCCACAGAAAAUACGCGCACACGCGGACCAACAAUCUGAGCUGAACUUUUCAGGGGGAAACAUUAAAGGAACCCAAAGUUACAACGGGCUGCUGUGCUGCUGUCUUUCGAGGUGAGGCACAACAAUGCUCAUGAAAGAGCCAAAUAGGUGACUGGGAAGAAGCGCUCUUUCUUAUCUUCUGCCAUUGGUUAAGAAAUUAACAGCAACGGGGAGAGAAGGGUCAUGGAAACCCCCUGGAGGAGGAGGAGGAGGACGCAGGCGCUCACAUGGAAGUUGCUGAGGAACUCUCUGCUGCUUUGUUUAUUCACCGGCGGCAGUAAAGCCCAGUGUGAAGGCUGUAUGGAGUACUGCUGCGAUGGAUCGCCACCUUUCUGCUGCUCCUACUACGCCUACGUGGGGGACGUCCUCUCGGGCACUGCCAUAUCUGGUAUCGUUUUUGGUGUGGUGUUUCUGAUGGGGGCGGUGGCCGCCCUGUUCCUGUGCGUGUGUAUGUGCAUGAAGAACGGGCGGGGCUCGCGGGUCGGGGUGUUCAGCACCUCCUACAUCAACACUGUGACACAGGGCUACCCAGGUCCUCCACCUCCAUACAACUAUGACUACGAAAUGUACCCUCCCUCGCUACACCCCCCGCCUUACACCCCAACUCAGCCUCGACCGGCCAACUACUCCCCACCUCCUCCGUACCCUGGCUGCACCCGCAAGUGAAUCCCUGCAGCACACAUCAUCCCCCGGCCGGCUCAGAAGAAACUGUCAUGGCCUGGUUUUCCAGACCUGGAGAUGGUUGUACAUCUCUGGCGUCUAAAGACAAUUUAACCGGCCCACAAACUUUCCACAUUUAAAAAAUAAAAAAAGGGGCUGCCCAGUGCAAUAUUGUUCAUGUGGCCAUACGUGCCUGCGAGUUGUAAAUGUCACUGCAUUUCUGCUGGAGUCUGGACCAAAUACUGGGUAAAUGAAUCCUAAUUUAACACAAUGUUGGCCAGAACACCCCACAUUCUGGUAGACUUAAGUAUUAGCCUUGCUAGCCUGCAGCUGGUUACCCCCCCCCCCCCCCCACACACUAAUAACCAAUAUCCUUAUCUGUCCCGGCUGUGCACAUCAAAGGCACAGCACCGCUUUGAAGAAGGUGAAGACCACUUUUGUCAGCGUGGAGGGAAACUUCACUUCACUGAAGUAGUAAAGUCUUUCUAGACUCUUCUUUUAUGGAAAGUUACCUAUUUAAAAUAAAAAAAAUAAUUUUGAUUUAUGCCAGUGACUUGAGGUGGAAGUUGAUGAUUAAAGCUGUUUGAAACAAGUCAGGUCUGGACCUGUCAUGUGUAGACACAACGACUUGAACAUAAUGCAUAAUGCUGACUUAAAUGGCAACUUGAAUGGACUGGGUUGUGGUAAUGAACUGGUUUUAUUGCCUUACUUGAAACAAUGAGAUGGUGAAAACUGAACUUAGGGCCGGUCACAUCAUGUUCAGUUGAAAAUUUGUAAUUUGUUCUGCCUUUGCGAGAUUCUUAAAUUGUGAAGCAUUCAUGAUUUAAAUUGCCUUUUGUAGAGUAAUUCAGGUGUGUAGGUUAAUUGGAAGUGAUUUGACCUCACUGCUAUGACUGAUUCAUGUGAUGGAUGACUAUGAAUGACGGAAGGGAUUUCACUGUUAUAAUGUGUCAGGUAAAGGAUUUUAAGUGUUUCUUUU